AUGAGCUCGCUGCGUCGCAACUUGCUUCAGUUACUGGUUCUCUGCAGAUUGUUAGACAUAUUUUCUCCUGCUUUAUGUAAAACCAAAAAUGUAAUUCCCUACACUGAUUUAAGAUCAUUCGGCGAAAAGGUAAGAAAUCUGAGCUUCCACUUGUUCAACUAUACGGAGCAGCGAAAUGAUUGUGGGCUGCUUGCACCUUACACUUUAUGGAAUCUGGUUUCGCUUGUUGCUUUCAUGACGUCGGAAGACAGUUGGAACCAACUGCAUAAAACGAUGGGUGUGUCAAGACGGAAAGGAAAAUAUUUCAACUCAAUUUACAACCACAUAAACGAUUUAAUGACCACAAUAAAACCGGGAGCAUCUUUUAAAAUAAACAAUACUGUUUUCUAUGACUCUAGACUGCAGUUAACGAGUAACUUUGAAGACAGCAUCAUGGCUUCUGGAGUGUCACUAAAAAAGCUCAAUUUCGAUGAUAAUGUUUUGGCGUCUGAUUCAGCAAAUAACUACAUACAAUCUAAUUACUUUCUUAUACCAAAGCGAAUUAUUUUUCAUCCAAGUGAUUUUAAGGACACUUCGAUGAUCGUGAGCGGUGUUGUGGAAUUCGAGGCCGCUUGGGCCAAACCUUUUGAUAUCUCCCUUAGCGAUCGAUUCGUGAUGCGUCAAACUGGUGAAUUUUUUUACACUGAUGUAGAGUGGUUGCAUGCUUCGGUAUUAGAAUUAUCUUAUGCGAGUGAUUUUGAUUUUAGCAUGCUCGUAAUUCGACCCCGUUAUGGUGUUGCCCUUAAGGAUGUGAUAACAAACCUGGCCCUUAAAAAGUUGGACGACAUAUUUCAAAAAUUAUAUACAGAAGGCUCGAAGGAAACUGUGAUCGAAUUGCCGAAAUUUUCCUUAACAUCAUUACAAGUGUUAAAUGAGCCGUUCAUGUCUAUGGGAAUAAUAAAUGUUUUUUUACCAGACGAGGCGGACUUUUCUGGUAUAUCAUCAGACAACUUGUACAUACAGAGCUUUGAACAAAGGGUGACGGUGACGGUUUCAGAAACAGGGACCACAGCCGCUGCGUACACACCAGCAAAUGUUGCCAAAUCUACUAGCCCUAAUGAAAUAGGAUCUGCUUCGCCAUUUAUAUUUCUAAUCGUGCAUGGUCCAUCAUUAAGCAUAGUUUUUUGCGGAAAAUACGGCGAAUAAUUUGUUUGUAUGUCUUCGGUAUUAUUCAUGCUAU